GCUGCUCAGUGGAGCGGGUGCUGCGUGGGCUGGGGGUUGACCAGUGCUUGCGUCUGCAGGUCCCCGAGCCUCCGAGGGAGGAGGUUAUUGAGAAGAGUCCGUGCCUCCGUUUACCCCGCCUCUUUGCCCUCGAGCGCCCCGGUCCCAGCGAAUUCACGGCAGCGCCCCGGAAAGGCCGUUCCGCCCCCGCGAGGGAAACAGAGCCGUUGACCAUGGUUGCAACUGGCAGUUUGAGCAGUAAGAACCCGGCCUGCAUUUCGGAGUUGCUGGACCAUGGCUUCCACCAGGAGAGCCUGCUAAAUGAUUUUGACUACUGGGAUUACGUUGUUCCAGAACCGAACCUCAAUGAGGUGAUGUUUGAGGAGACAACUUGCCAGAGUUUGGCAAAAAUGCUGGAGAACUGUCUGUCCAAAUCAAAGCAAACCAAACUCGGUUGUUCGAAAGUCCUCGUCCCAGAGAAACUGACCCAGAGGAUUGCUCAGGAUGUCCUGCGACUGUCCUCCACGGAGCCCUGCGGCCUGCGAGGUUGCAUCAUGCAUGUGAACUUGGAAAUCGAAAACGUAUGUAAAAAGCUGGAUAAGAUUGUGUGUGAUUCGAGCGUGGUGCCCACAUUUGAGCUGACGCUUGUGUUUAAGCAGGAGAACGGCUCAUGGACUAGCUUCAGGGACUUUUUCUUCAGCCGAGGUCGCUUCUCCUCUGGCCUCAAGCGAACUCUGAUCCUGAGCUCGGGAUUCCGACUCGUGAAGAAAAAGCUUUACUCCUUGAUUGGAACCACAGUCAUUGAAGAGUGCUGAAGAGCAGAGAUUUCAAAGGUCCUUUUUAUGAUUGGGUCCUUAACACUACGCAGCUGCUCCAAGAGAGUCAUUUUAGUCACCCUGCCUGCUCUCUACGUUUGAAACCCCAAACUGAGUCAUCUCCCUUCCAGGCUUCAUAUUUAUGGCAACCCAACUAAAAGGCUGAGUUCAUGGCUUUUGAGAAAGGACCAGAGAAAGUGUACAAUUUUUUGCCUGUAUCACAUGUUUUUACAAAAUGGCAUGGAAUAAAAGAAGCAGUCCACUUUAGUUUUAUAUUUGACCUUGCUUUUUCCAGGUAGUCUUGCUAAAUAGACGAUAAACCGAAUGUGCGUAAUU